ACCACUUCUCCCAUUCACCACCAUGCUCCGCCUUGCCACCACGCUCGGGCGCGUCACCGCCACUUCGUCGGCGACGUUUGCCACUGCGGCCCGCGUCCUCGCCGAGGACCCCAUGGCUGCCGGCCCCAAGGACAUUCCGGAGAAGCUCACCCUCACCCUUGCCACUCCGGACAAGGCGCUGUACGAGAACGAGGAGGUGUACUGCACGCUCAUCCCGUCGAUGGUGGGCAUGACUGGUGUGCUUCCGGGCCAUGUUGCCCUCGUCACUGAGCUCAAGCCUGGUGUGGUCGUUGUCCAGAAGGAGUCGGACGGCCCGAAGGAGCAGUACUUUGUCCCGACCGGCUUUGCUGUCGUCAACGACGACUCGACGCUCAACAUCAACGUGCCCGAGGCUGUCCCUGUUGCCGACAUUGACAUUGAGGCUGCCCGCGCUGCGCAGACAGAGUACACCAACGCCUUCUCCGCCGCCUCCACCGACGAGGAGCGUGCCCGCGCACAGAUCGGCGCCGAGCUGUACGGCACCAUGGUCCUCGCCGCCUCGCAGGACGUCUUUGCGUAGUCUGGAACCGCAAGCAGAGCUGCAGUCACAAGCAAACACACACAUCAUACACA